CUCAUGGAAACUCGCUAGACUCAAUAUUUUGGGAUUGCAUGACUGAUUGAACGCCCGCGAAACAGAAAAUGCCAAUUCAAAUAGUUUAAAUUUGUCAAAUUACAUUGAACAGUGAGAAAUAUUCUCAGAUAAAAAUGUUCCGAAACGGUCGAUCCAUUCGGAACAUUUGGUUGAAAUUUUAAUGGAUUAUUAUUUAAAAUGUGAACUGUGUGGAGAAGAACUUCAAGUAAAUUGUACAUGUCCUCUAGGGAAACACCUUUUGGAGCAUCAUCCCGAUGUUGAUCUAACAUUUUUUUCCAGUUACGAAGAUCUAACUGCUAAACGACGCCGUAUAUGCAGAAAUAAGGAUACAAAAACUGACAGUAAUGCCAUAUGGAUAUGUAAAAAUUGGUCAAAAGAGGAUUUGAAAAACAGUAACGUAGUUUACAAAGCUGCAAGUGAUACCAAACCCAUUAAGAAAAAUACAAUUAAGAGACGCACUUUAAUUUGCAAACCUCCAAUCAAGUAUAAACCAGUUAAAAAAACAAUUAAGAAAAAUACCGUUCUUUCUACUACAGUCGAAUCAUGGAAAGAAAGCAGCUUAAGGGUACGAUGCCCCAAUUGCAAUUUAAUGGAUCGGCCUCACAUACGAAAACGAAUCACAAACGUGGUCGAUAAACCUCUUGGUAUAUUUUUGUUGUUUACGUGUUGGCCAAUCUGUUUCUUCCCGUUUUUGACGCCCCAUAAUGAAGAGAUGGAAUUGUUCUGCAGAAAUUGUGGAUACAAUAUGGGAGAUCAAAUUCAAGGGAAAUGUACAUGUGCACUUUAAACUAUACAAAUCGAAAAAAAAACAAAUGAGUGAUAUGAAGUACCUUUGU